AUUAUUAUAUAAUCUGUUUCCUUAUUCCUUCAGCGUUUAUAACAGUGUUUCAGGGGGGGAAAACGACACAGUUUACCUGGACAGCAGGACGGUGGAAGCAUGAGGGUCGCAGUGGCAAUAUUUGCAGUUUUUGCAUCGGUAGCUGUCACCAUUGACGCUACUGUAUACUUCAAGGAACAAUUUCAGGACGGAGAUGCAUGGAAGAGCCGGUGGCUUGUAUCGAAGCACAAGUCAGACUAUGGCGAGUGGAGACUGACUGCUGGGAAGUUUUAUGGCGACGCUGAGGCCGAUAAAGGUCUCCAGACCAGCCAGGACGCCCGUUUCUAUGCUAUGUCCAGCCGCUUUGAACCCUUCAGCAACGAGGGCAAGCCCUUGGUGGUCCAGUUCACUGUCAAACACGAGCAGAAGAUUGACUGUGGCGGCGGAUAUGUCAAAAUCUUCCCAGCAGACCUCGACCAGGCAGCUAUGCAUGGGGACUCGCAGUAUUACAUCAUGUUUGGGCCUGACAUCUGUGGCUACAGCACCAAGAAGGUUCACGUCAUCUUCAACUACAAAGGCAAGAACCACCUCAUCAAGAAAGAAGUCAAAUGCAAGGAUGAUGAACUGACACACCUGUACACUCUGAUCCUGAACCCGGACCAGACAUACGAGGUGAAGAUCAACAAUGAGAAGGUGGAGUCAGGCACUCUGGAGGAGGACUGGGACAUUCUGCCCGCAAAGACCAUCAAGGACCCCGAGGCCAAGAAGCCAGAGGACUGGGACGACAGGCCCAAGAUCGACGAUCCUACUGACACCAAGCCAGAGGACUGGGAGAAGCCUGAGAACAUCCCUGACCCUGAUGCUAAGAAGCCUGAUGACUGGGAUGUGGACAUGGAUGGAGAGUGGGAGCCUCCUAUGAUCCCCAACCCAGAGUAUCAGGGAGAGUGGAAGCCAAAGCAGAUUGACAACCCCGACUACAAAGGUACCUGGGUGCAUCCUGAGAUCGAUAACCCUGAGUACACAGCCGAUGCCUCCAUCUACAAGUUUGACAACAUUGGAGUGCUGGGUCUGGACCUGUGGCAGGUGAAGUCUGGCACCAUCUUUGACAACUUCCUGAUUAGUGAUGAUGUAAAGGAGGCGGAGGAGUUUGGAAACGAAACCUGGGGAACUACAAAGGAACCAGAAAAGAAAAUGAAGCAUGCACAGGAGGAGGAGGAGAGGAAAGCGAGAGAAGAGGAGGAGAAGAGCAAGAAGGACACAGCUGAUGAUGAGGGGGAUGAAGAUGAAGAGGAUGAUCCAGAGGAGGAGGAAGAUGAGGACAGCCCAACAGAAGAGGAGGAAGAGGAAACUCCCAAGAAGGACAAGGAUGAGUUGUAAAUGAAACCGAACAGAAUAUAUUUCUGUCCCGCCCUAUCUCCUCUCCAAUGGACUGACUGCUGUGCAUCAUCACGUUGAGUAAUACCCUAUGGACUUGCCCCUCCUGUGGCAACCUAUUUUUCAGGUGUAGGGGUGGGAAAGGGUUAAAGGGGCAGGCAAUGUUUGCCUUUUUUAAGGUGUUUAGGGUUGAAGAACUGGGUUUAAGUUUUAUGUUUCUGUGAGAAUGCUUAAUUUAGGAUAAUCUCCCCCUGUUCAGAAUGUGGUCUAUCCCGUCCCUGUGUCCUACAGUUGCUCUAGGUGUUGCUGCCACUAGGUGUUGCUGUCCCUGUGUCCUACAGUUGCUCUAGGUGUUGCUGCCACUAGGUGUUGCUGCCACUGGCUCCUUUGCUUUUAUCAUCAGCUACCAUCAGUUCAUCCCUUCAGUGUCAAAGCAAAGGACUAUUCCCCCCAUCCUUGUCAUCAAUCUUAUUUGAUGCUGUCUAUUUGGAGAAACAAAUCGGGUGCAUAUCAAUUGUAAUUUCUUUGCACGUUUUUCUAAAUGAUUUAUUUUUAUACAGUUGUAUGCAGUACUGUACCAUACAUUAUUAUAAUUAACAUCCAUUUAAUUUAUUCCCUCAUUAAAAUCAUCCUCUGUUUGUCCACCAUUCAUAACUCUCCAAUGAUCUGUGUUGUACAUGUUUCUGUCUCAGACCUUGCUUUAGUUGUAUGGCAGCCGCAGAGAUGACUAUCAGACUAAAGGAUCUAAACUGUGACUCACAAUCUUAAACAUGCGACUGUCCCCACAGCAUACUGUUUAAGUUUCAGUGAAUAAAUUAAGCUUUUUCUUUCAAUGAAAUACA